GGUAUCUCUUGGAAGCCGUUUAAAUGUAAGUCCCUGCGCGAUAUCGUUUUAGUUGUAGUGUAGAGUUGUGCAGCAAGUGUUCUCUACGAUAAAAAAUGUUUACGCGUAUUAUUUUAUUUUGUUGUGGGAUGAUUCUCGUCACUGGCUAUGAUGUAGUCAAUCCGGGACCGAGGUAUCCCCCAACGAAAGGGGAGGUGUGGCCGAAACCACAGCACGAAACCAAGGAGGACAUUUAUUAUUCUUUUCACCCCUCACAUUUUAAAGUUGAGGUUACAAAAGAAACAUGCGAAACCCUCACAAACGCGAUCGACCGGUACUCCUACGUGCUGCGAACCCAGCACAGACGGGCAGGGCUGACGCGGAGUCACCCGCAUCGCGAUGUGAAGUACCACGGAACCAUAAACGUGCUGCAGGUGAAGCUGGAGGCGCCAUGCGAACAACUACCUUACUUUGGCAUGGAUGAGAGCUAUGAACUGAAUGUAUCCAAUACCUCGAUUCUGAAGAGUCGAUCAUUGUGGGGCAUCAUCAGAGGUCUGGAAACUGUCUCACAGCUGUUCUACGUGUCUGAUGAUCGUAAUGAGAUAUUGAUAAACAAAACUCAGAUCAGCGAUUUCCCUAGCUACCAACAUCGAGGGUUGCUGCUGGAUACAUCUCGCCACUACAUCACCGUCACCAACAUCGCGCGCACUAUCGAUGCUAUGGCUAUGAACAAAAUGAAUGUCUUGCAUUGGCACAUAGUUGACGACCAGAGCUUCCCGUACCAGAGCGAAAAGUUUCCGGAGCUUAGUGAGAAAGGUGCUUACGCUUCCUCCAUGGUGUACACCAAGGAGGAUAUACAAAGGAUAGUAGAAUACGCGCGCGAUCGUGGAAUACGCGUCGUGCCAGAGUUUGAUGUGCCCGGCCACACACGCUCCUGGGGUAACGCGUAUCCGAACAUUCUUACGGAGUGCUACGAGAACAACCAGCUAAUAGGGUUGGGCCCGAUGGAUCCCACCAAGAAUUUUACUUACAAACUACUCCGGGAUCUCUUCGAGGAGGUCCAGGCUUGGUUUCCCGAUCAAUACUUCCACAUUGGAGGUGACGAGGUUCUUUUGGAGUGCUGGGCGUCAAACCCCUCUCUGCGGCAGUAUAUGCGAAACCACAAUCUGACAGUGACGGAACUACACGCGUUGUUCAUGAGGACCGCCAUACCGCUGCUCAAGAAUGGCUCCAAGGUCAUCGUGUGGCAGGAAGUAUUUGACGAAGGCGUCUCGCUGGCUAAGGACACUCUGAUACAAGUUUGGAAGAACUCAUGGGUGAUGGAAAUGGUCAGGGUGUUAAACAGCGGUCACCAGGUGUUGUUCUCGUCGUCGUGGUACCUGGACCACCUGGACAAGAACUGGCAGUACAUGUAUCAGGCGGACCCGCGCGCGAUGGUGGUGAACGCGACCGGCAACCGCACGCUCGCGGCCGGCGUCGUCGGCGGCGAGGCGUGCAUGUGGGGCGAGAUGGUCGACGAUCGGAACGUCAUAAACAGGGUAUGGCCACGUGCGAGCGCAGUUGCAGAGCGGCUGUGGAGCUCCGGUGAGGAAGGUACCAGUUGGUACCAGAUCCCCCUGGCGGUAUACAACCGGCUGGAGGAGCACACGUGCCGGAUGAUCCGGCAGGGGAUCGACGCGCAGCCCCCCUCCGCGCCCGGAUUUUGCGUCGCAUGAUUAAAUAAUGUGUUUUUUUUA